AUGUCCUUCUCUCCGUGCGGUUCCUUCCUCCUAUACGUAACAGCACCCCCUGGGGAGUGCAGCAGCAGCAGCAGCAGCAGCAGUUCUGCAGGUGCUGCUGGGGGGCCCCCUGUCUCAGGGUCUUGCUGCGGUACAGAAGGAGUUAUAGAGGGCGGGGGGCCCCCUCCAGCUGUACAGCAGGAGGUAGGCAUCAUUGAUAUAUUUGGAGACGAGUGCCUUACUACUUUCAUCCCUCUUAGAGGCGGAAGCAUCUGCGAAGAGGUUCCAGGGGUGCUGCAGGCUUUCUGGGCUGGGUCAUCCUCUCCUGCAGCAGCAGCAGCAGCAGCAGCAACAGCAGCAGCAACAGCUAAAACAGCAACACCUCCUGCAACAGCUGAUGCCUCUCUGGUGGUUGUUAUCACACAAAAAAGCGUAGAGCUCUUCAAGCCCCUGCACAAAGGAGACAGACAGGAGGCCCCCCUGACGGCGAUGCUGCUGCUGCUUCUACUGCUCCGCAGCAGCAGCAGCAGCAGCAAAGUUCAGCAGCAGCAGCAGCAGCAGCAGCUGCUGCUGCUGCUGCUGCUGCAACACCAUCGGGGCCUUCUGUGUUUGUCGUUGCUGUCGCCCAGCGAACCUUGCAGCCUUUUCUGCUGGAGCCCCGAACACUGGCGAAGCUUACUAAGACUAGCAAAGAUAGAGCUCAAUCUCCCGCUCUGGCAGUCCCUUGAAUAUCGAGAUGUAACACUCUUUUGUUUAUAUAACACAAUAUAUUGUAUACAUGCAGAUCCGCAUGCAGGAAGAGUUUCUUUAAGAGCAAUAACGGGCCCCCUUGAGCCUGAUACUGUCUUAGAUGCUCUAGCCCCAGGAGAGUUGCAGCUACUAGCCCUAGACAACAUGAUAGUAGUUUAUCAUGCAGGUCUUGAAUUAGUAUUGCUGUAUGAUCUUCAACAAGGUGUAUCAGGAGGGGGUGGUACAGCAUUAGCUUUAAUGAAACCCCCUAUGUUUGGUGUUCGAGGAUUGAAAGGAGACAGUGCAGCAGAAGAAGGAGACACAAAAACAGAUGCAGCAACUGCAACAGCAGCAACUGCAACAGCAACAGCAGCAACAGCAGCAACAGCAGCAGGGACAGGGAUAACAGCAACAGCAGCUGCAGCAGAAACUCCAGCAGCAGCAGCAGCAGCAAUUCUUAAUGCUCAGGAAUCGCUUACAGAUGUUGAGCUGCAAGCGCCUAACCUCGGGCUAGCGACUUUUGUGUCUCCUGACAUCGUCAUAGACUGUCAGUGCGGUGCUGUCUACCGCGUUGAGUUAAAUAUUCACGCCCUCAUUCACCGUCUCCUUAAAGAAAAGCAAUCGCUUUGUGCAGCAGUAGAAGUGCUGCAGAAUAGAUCGAACUGUAAGGCGGAGGUGCUGCGGCUGACGCUGCAUGCGCUGCGGUUGGAGACGCCUCUUGCGGCACUACAGCAUUUGCUGCUGCUGCUGAAUAUAAAAUAUAGAAAUGCAAUAGAGCAGGUCCCUCUGUCUCUUCUAGCAGCAGCAAAGCAGCAGCAAGCCUCAACUGAUGCUGCUGCUGCUGCUGCUGCUUCUGACGGAGGGGGGCGAGCUGCUGCUGGUGCUGGAGAAAAGGCUUCAGGCGCGUUGGACUCUGCAGCAGCAGCAGCAGCAGCAGCAGCAGCAGCAGCAGCAGCAGGGGCCUCAAGCGGGCGUGCUACUAUACCUCUUGAGUUGCUGCUGCAGUCUGUAGGCAGCCAGACAGUAAUAACAGAGAGAGAUAUUGUUCAGAGUGUGUUCCUUCCUUAUGCAUAUCAACACUACAAUCUGCCGCCCCACACUUCGCUGCUGGACUCGUGUUUUGCUGCUGCUGACGAGCCAACAGCAGCAGGAGAAGCAGCAGGAAGUGCGUCGAAGGCCUCUCCUGCUGCUUCUUGCUGCUUGACUCAGCGCAGCAGCAGCAGCAGCAUCGCCCCCUAUAUGCUGCAGGUGGCAAUGGAGUACACUCGGACGCUGCUGCUGCUGCAGAUAUUUCCUCACAAAGUGCUGCAGGCUUUUCUGUUUGAUUGCUGCGUCUUCUUUAAAAGAGGCGAUUUGCUGCGGCAGCUGCUGCAGUAUCAUUUGCUGCUGGACUCUGGAGACAUGCUGGGGAGGUUAGUUGCGGUGUGGAGACAGCUAGCAGCAGCAGCAGGAGCAGCAGCAGCAGGCAGCAGCAGCGCAGCAGCAGCAGCAGCAGAUGAACGCUGGCUGCGCCAAGCCUGCCUUGAUGCUGCACUAAGGCUGCGGCGCUGGGAUAUCAUUGUCUCUAUUCUUCUUGCUACUAAGCAGCAAAAGGAGAUAAUCCCUUUCUUGCGGCGCCACGACGCUCACGAAUUUCCUUUAAAAGUAAUUCUUCAUCAGGUUGCUGCUGAUGUAGAGACGCAGCAGGAGCAGCCGGGGCUGCUGCAGCAGCUGCUCGCUACAAUUCGUGCGUGGGAGAGUGAAGCACAAGCAGCAGCAGCAGCAGCAGCAGCAGCACCGGCAGCAGCAGCAGGAACAUCACAAGCAGCAGCAACUCGCGUUUGUCUACCCCCAAACCUACAAGACUGCGUUGCUUGGCUGCCCGGUGUUAAGGAGAAGCAGCAACACGCAGCAGCAGCAGCAGCAGCAGCAGCAGAAGCAGCAGCAACCCCACAUACUAAGGACCCUCAGCUUAUUAAAGCUAUCGGAGAGAUAGAAAGAGAAGCAUCUGAGGCCCCUCCUGUGGAGGGAGAAGAUGAUGCAGCAAGCGGGUGGCAGGCGCUGCAGCAACUCGAUUAA